AUACACUCAGCAGUGGAUAUACAUAUUCAACUUCGAUGACGUACUUACAUACCACACGCAUACCACAGGUGUUACAUACGAAACAGAACAGCCGCUGAUUCAUACAAUUCUUUUGCAAUUCUCUUAGCGGUAGACCAGUGUAGAUGAGUUGAUAAUAUUAGCCACGAUAGUCAUUUUGCCAGUACGUCUUCCAUCGUUCGAGAAGUUCACUCAUCUGCAAGCUGCCACAGCAUAGAUUUCAAUCGUCGAUAACAAAACAUCGUACUUAUUUCUAACCCGAUUGAGGUAUUUUGCAUAACAAACGACAACAAUGAGCUACGGAUACCAAGGACCUCCGGUGACAUCAUUCUCUGGCCAAAGGCCCCCGAAUUCCUUUGGAGCCCCACCUGGUGCCCCAACAGCACCUGGAAAUUCACCUUAUCCUGCAAAUGGUAUAGGGUUUAAUCUCUCCCCUGCACCCCCAAUUGGCUUUGGAAUGCCACAGCCUCACUCCCCUUAUUCCUCCAUACCUUAUCCCUCAAAUCAGUCUCAAUCUUCACUACCUUAUUAUCCGCAUAGUGGACAACAUCCAAUGUCCCAGCCUCAUCAAUACAACAUGCAGCAAUAUACAACUGGUGGCUCUUCUCCUCAGUCGUGUAGUUCUACAGUCUAUCCAGGAAGCAACCUAUCAAACUCGGCUGCUAAUAAUCCUUAUCCGUCAAAUCCAAGCCAUACAGUGUACCGAACUCAGUCAGCAUAUAACUCAGCAAGUUCUACUUCGCAUCUGGGCCAGUAUAGUCGGCACCAGGCAAACUCUGCUUCGUAUCCAAACAGUAGUAGACCCUUUCCACAAAACGCAUCCCGUCCAAGUAGCGCUAAUCACUACCCACAAAAUUCGAGUCUAUAUCCAAGCAUGUGUAGUCCCGGGGGGCAGGGGAUGGCAGCAGCCUACUCUCAGCAUAUCAACACACCUACUUUGCCACCUCGGCAUAUAGCCCCGGCCCCCCGACGAUCACGUCCACAGGCUAAGCUUUCCCCAACUGUGGUACCAUGGCGAGAUUUUGAUCCACGAGCAGAUGCAGAGGCACUACGAAAGGCUAUGAAAGGAUGGGGAACUGAUGAAAAAACGAUUAUUCACAUCUUAACCAAUCGCAGCAAUCUGCAGCGUCAAGAGAUUGCCUCGCAGUUUAAAACUCUUUAUGGCAAGGAUCUAAUCAAGGACUUGAAAUCAGAAUUGUCUGGCAACCUGGAGACCUUGGUCGUUGCAUUGAUGAUCCCUCUUCCCCAAUACUAUGCCAAAGAAUUACACGACGCUAUGUCUGGUAUAGGUACAGACGAAUGUGUUUUGAUUGAAGUUCUUUGCACCAUGUCUAACCACGAGAUUCGCGUCAUCCAGCAGGCUUAUCAAGCUAUGUAUGGAACAAGUUUGGAAAGCGAUCUGAAGGGGGAUACAUCUGGCAGUUUCAAACGCCUCAUGGUUUCCUUGUGCUGUGGUAAUCGAGAUGAAUCAUUUGAUGUGGAUCCUGCUGCAGCCCAAGAAGAUGCUCGUGCACUUCUCAGAGCUGGAGAGCUACGAUUUGGUACAGAUGAGUCAGUAUUCAAUCAAAUUUUGGUGCAAAGAAACGUGGCCCAGCUGCGACAAAUAUUUGCAGAAUAUGAAACCAUGACCGGCCAUGAUAUUGAGAAGGCUGUCGAAAACGAAUUUUCUGGGGAUAUCAAAAAAGGCCUCCUUGCAAUUAUCAAAUCUAUAAAAAAUCGAGCCGGCUUUUUUGCCGAGCAACUCUACAAAAGUAUGAAAGGCAUUGGGACUCAAGACAACCGCCUCAUUCGACUGGUUGUCACCCGCUGUGAAGUUGACAUGGAAGAGAUCAAGCAGGCUUUUGCUCAGCAGUACGGCAAGUCCCUUGAAGAUUUCAUAGCGGAUGAUUGUUCAGGAGACUACAAGAAGUGUCUACUGGCUCUGGUCGAAUGAAUGCUGAAAUAGGCUUACGUGACCCACCUAUGUGAACAGAAUAAUCUGUGAUUACAUAAGUAUGCAUUUAUAAUGAUUUAAAUUACCGAAGACAAAGUUAACACGAUUGCGAUUGCGUCCAUUAAUCUCUGUUUUUGAAUUCCUAAAUUUCAUAAGUUCUGGCCAAAUAUUGAUUAGUAGCUACUAUUCCGAUUACUAUGUGGUAUAUGGAAUUUUUAAAUGACUGGUUGAUGUUUUUCUAAUUACAGAGGUAUGGAUGUAUUGCCACAGGUCAAGAAUUAUAUUUAUCGAUGGCAACAAUAGUUUGAAAGUGCAGGAUAUUUAUCUUACACCCAAUUAUCUGUUACGUUCAUUUAAUAGUUUUUGAGAAAAAUAUUGAUAGUUUUUGUAUUAUUUUAACGAGAAGUAAUUCCUCGUUAAUUGAUUCUCGUCGAUUAAAUCUGAAUCUAAUUAGAUGCUUUAAAAUAUAAAACAGACUUUUACAUUGCCGUAAAUGUACGUGUAAACUAUUGUACUACUAAUUGAUAUUAGCGUAAAAGUCGAAUCUUCCGUGCCAAUAACGGAAAUUAUAAAUUUGUUCAUCGCAUGCCAAUGCAUUGUUCAUAAAGAAUAAGAUCUGAUUGUGCGCUUUCCGUCGCUAUAUAAUCUGAAUCGACAUUCGUAAUAUUUGUGUUCCUAUGUUGAAAUCGUCCCAGAGUUUACACCUACGAUUUCCUCUAUUUUUGGAUAUACCUGUACUAUAUAAUCCAAAUAUACACGCGUAUGGUAUCUGAAAUAUUUAUAUAUAUAUAUAUAUAUAUGUAGAGUCUAAUUGAAUUGUUGAUUAUAAUUCUAUAAUUAUACACAUUCUUUGUCACCAUUAUUCUCGCGCUUUUAGCGCUGAUAUUUUUACAAAGGUUGACUCGUAUGCGAAAUAAAUUUGCUGUCCCUAUGCUGUUCUCGCCAAUGAA